AUGACCAGAUUCGUUCGGUCUUCCAGCAGGAAACGUCCGGUGAAACAGGGAGCUGAACGUGACGAGCGUUUCAAUGUCAAGCCACUGAUGCAGGAAGUAGGACGCAUGACGCAGGGCAUGGGAGCGUGGAGCAUGGAAACGAUGGAUUUACUCGCAGAGUCGACGUGUCUUAAAAUGCCGAAUGCAGGCGAUGGAACGGUCGAGGACGCCAGCGACGGCCGUGGAUGGAUGGGACAACGGGAAGCAGGAAGCUGA